GUAAACUGCAUGUUCAGUAGAUAUAUACUUUGAGAAUUACUAUCUCACCAGAGUGCGUAGGGUUUGCUUAAGAGCAUGUCUUUACAAUAGCACAAGCCAUUUGUAGCAGCACCUGCAUAUCUUCGUCUACCUAGGACCACAGAAUAGAGUAGGCCGAAUGUGAGUUUAAAAUUGUUCCUCCCGAUGCUGAAGAGCUCUCGCAACUAGUGAUGAUCACGCGACGUACACUGUACCUCGUCUUCGCUAUGGUUUUAAAUACUUCGACCAGCGAAAACUUGCAGCGGGCAACGUACGUGGAGCACGGGGAGCUCAUGAUUGGGGCCCUCUGGUCCAUAUCAUCAGAGUCUGAAACCUGUGACGGCCCGAUCAUAAACUUUGAUGGCGUCGACUCUAUGGAGGCGCUCGCGUAUGGCAUUAAGAAGGUGAACGAGGAAUUUUCUGAGCAGUUGCAGUUUAAAUUUGGUUUUGUUAUGAUGGACGUGUGUAGACAUAAGUCGAUGGCCAUCAGACAAACGCUCCGACUUCUUGAACACAGCGGUGUAGACUAUGAUAACAUUACAGAGCAUAAAUCAAUCGAUCGCAGUUUUAGGGUGAUAGGCGUUAUAGGAACAGAAGACAGCAUCACAACGUACGCUGUGGCGCCACUGUUCGGCGCUUUUAACGUUCCCAUACUUAGCGCGUACUCCACAGCCGACAUACUGACAAGUGACAAGCGCAAAUUUUCGACAUUUGUAAGAAUGGUGCCAAAGAAUAGUUUCCAGAUUGAUGCUAUGGUCGAUUUUUUCAUCCAAAAUGACUGGCGAUUCGUCGCCGUAAUCUUCGAAUACGGCCUCUAUGGGGAGUCCUCUUUCAAGUUCUUUCGCCAGCGAGCUCUUCAGAGGCACAUCUGUAUCGCCAAAGUUGUUGCCGUUACCGCGACCUCCCACUUUGAGAAGGUUGUGGACUAUUUCCUGACCAAAGUCGGCUCGCGGGUCCUUGUGACUUUCGUGACGCAGCGGUGCAUAAGCAAACUGUCUAACGCUAUUAUAAAGCUCGGCGCCGAUCAGCGUCUGAUUGUCGUGACCACGGAGAACUGGUACAACCUUUUAAUGACUGGCGGUCCCAAGGGUGCUGUUAUAUUUGUACCGCCUUUCCUGGGGAUUACAGGAUUCCAAGAACAUUACGCGAACCUAGGCAUGAAUCACAAUAAUCCGUGGUUCAUACAAGCGCUUCAUGAUAUACAUAACUGCACGGAUGACAUUUGUGCGGAGCAGUUGACGAAAUUACGACUGCACAGUUUUGUCAGAAUUCGAGAACUUGUGGACGGCGUCAAGGUGUUAGUCGUGUCUUUGGUAAAAAUGCUGUCGGAAAAAUGCCCUGGGUUGGUUGGCCGGCCAGCCGUUCAAUGUUUCUACAAAAACUACCGUAGCUACAAUAGCUAUGUAAAAAAAACUGAAUUCGUUGGUAGUUCUGGAACCCUAUUUUUCAACCAGCAAGGCGACAGAUACAGCGAUAUAAUCAUCCAUCAGAUGCUCAAUACGGAGGAGAAGUACAAAGCUAUCGUGGGGUUUUAUUCCACGCUAAAUAGGAUGACCGUCCUCCUAGACCCGAUAAAUUGGGAUCAUUAUAUAUUUAAUAAAAGCGAAGUGUACAUUGAACACCAUUGCCAGAAGCCUUGCGAGCCGAAUAAAUACAAGUACCCCGUCAUACGAUGCUGCUGGAAAUGCCGGAGUUGCCAAGACAACGAAGUGGUCACCGGCAACAAGACCAGCUGCGAGGUGUGUCCGGAUCUUCACUGGCCUGGCUACACAAACGGCACUCGAGACAAGUGUCUGCCCAUUCCGGUAGAGAUUCCCAGCCUCUCGUCCCCCAUGUCGGCCACGCUUAUUGUCCUGUCUGGGUCGGGGGCCACCUUCGCGGUUUGGCUGCUAGUGUUCGCUCUGGUCAAGCGCAUCAACACGAAAGACACGGAGCUCCUGACGUUCCGGAUUGUCGAGAUCGUGUGCGCCGUGUGGGGGUACGUCACGGUGCCUCUGUUUGUUGAACAGGCCACCGCGGUCCAAUGCUAUGCUUGGUUUAUAAAUUUCGCGUUGAGUUUUAAUAUUCUCUACACAACUAUAACGUUGAAAGCCUACACAAAGUACAUCCGGAGCAGGAUGCCCUCGGAUAAAAAAGCGAGAAGAAAGACUCUUAACCUAUUCUUGACAAUUCUGCUAUGUCAAUUUCUGCAGACCAUGAUGUUUAACCAGAUAGGGAAUUGGAAGCCCAUAACAGCCGAAGCCUACCAGCCCACAAAGUCCAUUCAAGUGGCACAGUGGGCUUGCUAUUUCAACGAGUUUUACAUCUACAUGUUCCUAGGCUUGACCUUCGUCCUCCUGACCGUGUCGUUCAUGCUCUGCUUCGAGACCACCGACUCCAACAGGGAGUGUCGCCGAGAGACCAAGUACACCAUCAUCGGCAUUUCCAUAUCCAUGAUCAUAUGGCUUGCCUUCAUCAUCGGCUACGUCAUAACCAACGAACGACUGCUGAAGCUGUACUACAUCUCAAUAACGUCCUUAGCCAACCACACGACGGCCUUGACCCCCAUCAUGGCGCACGUCGGCCGGUACUUUUACGUGCACUACAAAGCGAAGCAGACUUUCAUCAGGGUACUGAACAACGCGUCGGAGGUUGCUAAACAACCGCCACUGGACAAAACAAAGUUGGAAGUGACGCUCCAACCCCGAAUCACAGACCCACAUAGCAGUGAGUGUAGUAGAGUAGAGAAGGUCGAGGAAGCAUCUAGUUAAAGCUAGCACAUAACUUAACGGGACGGUGUAUUCUAGAUCAAUCCUUUAGCAUUUAGUCGACCGCAAAACGAGGGUUUGAUUCUAAAACUGUAUCUUUCCUAUGUUAUUUGUCAUUAAUUUCCUUCUAAGAAUUGAGAUACUUUUGUACAUACAUUGUCAUGUAAUUUUUUUUAUACAAGUUUGCAUUAAAGUAUAAUGAAAGUUUA